AUGAUCCUAUUUCCGCGCUGCCACCUUUUCGAAAUCGGUGAUCAGCCAUGGUGUCCGACCUGGCUGAUCGCCUACAUCCAGUCCUACCUGACACGUGUAUGGAAUUUGCAUAUCCCGCCUUUCAGCAAGACAUCCCCUGCCGGGGUUGCCGCCGAUAUCAUCAUUGAGAAUCUUCCGGACCCGUCUUCGUUCACGUUCGUGGAUCUGUGUUCUGGUGCAGGCGGUCCGUCGUCGACUAUUGAGUCUAUUUUGCAUGCGCGCUCUAAGGCUCAAGGGACGCCUUCUCCGCGCUUUAUUCUGACGGAUCUGCAUCCGCACUUGUCGGAGUGGAUGGCUGUUGCGAAGCGCCAGGAGAAUGUGGACUAUGUCUCGGAGUCGGUUGAUGCGACUAAAUGCAAGAGAGUCGCGCCGGCGAAUCGGAAGGAGUGUCGGAUGUUUAAUCUCUGUUUUCAUCAUUUCGAUGAUGAGCCCGCGAGGGCUGUGUUGCGGAGUGCCGUUGAGUCGGGGAAUUCUUUCAUGUAA